AUGGACAGCGGUGCAACAUCGCACAUGUGUAAUAAGAGAUCGAUGUUCGUACAGUAUGAAGAAUUUCAUGAAAAAAUUUGGCUAGCAUCAAAUACAGCAAUUACAGCAUUAGGCAGAGGCGAUGUAUUAUUAAAAACAAAACAACGAACACUUCGCUUGGAGAAUGUGUUGUACUCGCCUGAGUUGAAGGCAAACUUCAUUUCCAUCAGUAAAGCAGUAGAACAUGGUAUGUCGAUAAAAUUCGAAAGCGGGCAUGCGCAUAUAACCGACAAGUACGGUGAGCUUGUUCUAACAGCGGCGAAAAGGCACAACUUGUAUGUGGUGGAAUUGAAGGAAGAGAGAUUGUGCGCAUUGAACAGCAACCAAAUUUGGCACAAUCGGUACGGUCAUCUCAACUACCAAAGUUUGUCUCAAUUGCAAAGAAAUGAUAUGGUUCGUGGUAUGCAAUUGUCUGGUCGAAGCGAUGAAGCACUUGGUUGUAACACUUGUAUGGUGGCAGCUGUAUCGAAGGCUUCGUCGAUGCGGAUUGGGGAAGUGAUCCUCAUGACCGCAAAUCUUAUACAGGUUUCGUGUUCUUUUACGCCAUAUCGUGGGAGUCAAGGAAGCAAACAACAAUAG